AUGUCCGAACAAACAUUCCACUUGACCAAGGAAGACCUCCGCAAGCCGGAAUCGCGUUCCUCUCAGCUCCACGAUGGUCGAACCCUCAAGGAGACGAAUGUUUCUGCCCUGAAAUCACACAUUGAUCAAAACGUCGACAAAGCCAAGAUCAUUGAAGAGCGCAAGGCAAACCUGCCCUUGCCCGAUCAGCCCCCGGUAGCCAGCGACUGGCAGUCUCUCGACCAGAGGACCGUCAACAUCGGCUCUGGUGGUGUCGAGGGGCCCCUUUCGGGCGACAGCAACAGUGCCCUGCGUGAGCCUGCGACGGCAGGGAGCAGUGCCCGAAUGGAGGGAGAUGUUCUGCACAGGCAAACCGAACCUUCAUCGCGUGUUGGGCGCCAGGGCCACGAUAACCUAGAAGGUCUUCCCAAGGAUGCUCAGAUGAGGUAG